AUGGAUCCCAUCAAGGUUCUCGAGUUAGUGACUGUUACGUACGGUACUUCUGCCGCUCCUUUCUUGGCUACCAGGUCCCUAGUUCAACUGAGUGUCGAUGAAGGAGCCGAUUUCCCUCUUGCAGCUCGCGUGAUACAAGAGGACUGCUAUGUUGAUGAUGUGUUGUCGGGAGCGAAAACCAUUCAAGAAGCCAUUGAAUGUCGUCAACAGCUCCAAACGUUACUAGCCAGGGGUGGUUUUCCGGUGCAUAAGUGGUGCGCCAACGACGAAGCGAUUCUUCAGGAUGUCCCUGAGGCUGAGCGUGAAAAACUUGUUCUUCUUGAUGAUCUGUCGGCAAAUGAAGUGAUGAAGACUCUCGGAUUAACGUGGAAUCCGAGGAGCGAUGAGUUUUUAUUUUGUCAAUCCCCUUCGUCCGAAGAGUCAGCUGUGACAAAGCGUCAGCUGUUCUCCGAAAUUGCGAAAAUGUUUGACCCGUUGGGCUUACUUGCUCCAAUAACCGUUCUGGCUAAGCGUUUGAUGCAGCAAACCUGGGCUGCGAAAAUAGGUUGGGAUGAGUCUCUCUCUGACGACAUCCUUAGAGACUGGUUACAGCUUCGCAAUUCUCUCGCAUCCGUUCGCGACAUCGAAAUUCCCAGACCAGUAACCGGUCCCGCGUAUGAGUCUCUUGAGCUACACGGGUUCGCAGACGCUUCAGGAAUAGCGUACGGUGCCUGCCUGCAUGUUCGCAGUAUUCUCCCAAAUGAUUGUUGUGUCGUCAGGUUGUUGUGUAGUAAGUCUAAGAUUGCCCCUCUGCAAGAGUUGACAAUCCCUCGAAAGGAACUGUGCGCAGCCGUGCUGCUGUCCAGGUUGGUGAAAAAGGUUCAAUCGACAUUGCAUGUUCAGUUCUCUUCCGUUUGCCUUUGGUCGGACAGUCAGAUUGUCCUCUCGUGGCUGCAGAAAGCGCCAGCGAAACUGCAGCCAUUCGUUCAGAAUCGUGUGGUGGAGAUAUCAAGGGAAUGUGGUCUCUACAAAUGGUGUUACGUCCGGUCCAAAGACAACCCGGCCGAUGUGAUCUCCCGCGGCCAGCUCCCACGUAGUUUGAAGGAAAACUCGCUAUGGUGGGAAGGGCCUCCUUUUCUCCAAUCGAAGAUAUACGAAUCACCAGUUCUUGAUCAACUGCCUGAUGGCUUGAUGCCUGAAAUGAAACCAGUUUCGGUCGUGGCAAUGCCCGUAGUGAAUUGUGACGAUCUGCCACUCUUUAAGAAAUUCGGAUCUCUACGUAAACUACAGCGUGUUCUUGCCUACGUUCAGCGAUUUUUGAAGAAUUGCCGUACCAAGAAUCCGGAGGAUCGUGUCAAGAGUAAAUAUCUUACCGUCCUCGAGCUUCGAUCUGCUCUCCAUACUAUUGUUCUGGUUAUUCAACGCGAAUCUUUGUCCGAUGAAAUCGAAAAAGUGGAGAGCGGUGAACCGUCUAAACGGUUGAAGACUCUCGGCCCGUUUUUGCAUAACGGAGCCUUGCGAGUGGGUGGCCGUAAUCAGAAGUCACGAAUGUCGUUUGAUGCAAAGCAUCAAUAUAUCCUGCCAAAACAUCCACUCACUGAUUUGAUUAUUCGCCAAUAUCAUUUGGAACAUUUACACAUUGGUCCUUCUGGUCUGAUGUCAGCUCUUCGUCAACGCUUCUGGUUGUUGGGUUCGCGUUCCGCCGUGAGGAAGAUUACCAGGACAUGUGUAGAGUGUUUCCGGGUGAAGCCACGAGGUGUAGCACAGUAUAUGGGCAACCUGCCACAAAGUCGCGUAACCCCUUCCGCACCAUUCGAAGUCACUGGAGUGGAUUAUGCGGGACCUUUCCUGAUUAAACAAUCCGGUCGGAAGUCUGUUGCAGUUAAGGCGUAUUUGUGUGUGUUCGUUUGCUUGGUAACGAAAUCUGUCCAUUUGGAGCUCGUCUCGGAUAUGUCAACUGCUGCUUUCAUUGCUGCGAUGCAGCGUUUCAUUAGUCGCAGAGGAAUUGUUCGUGAGUUUCACUCUGACAAUGGCAGCAAUUUCCGUGGAGCUAAAGCUGAGCUCCACGAGUUGUAUUCGAUGUUUCGUGAUAAUGUCACAGUCCACCAAAUCGAGUCAUUUUGCCAGAACAAGGAGAUUGCCUGGCACUUUAUUCCGCCUGACGCCCCUGAAUUUGGUGGAAUGUGGGAAGCUUCAGUGAAAAGCGCGAAGUAUCACUUGAAGCGUAUCCUCAAGGGAACUCCGUUAACCUUUGAGGAGAUGUAUACUCUGUUAACGCAAAUUGAAGCGGUCUUGAACUCGCGACCGCUUUUUUCGCACUCAGACGAUCCCGCUGAGGGUGAAGUCAUCACCCCAGCUCAUUUCCUCAUAGGCCGCCCUCUGACGGCCGUACCGGAGCCUUGCUACGAAGGUCUCAAUACAAAUCGUUUGUCAAAAUGGCAGCACCUGCAGCAAAUGCGGGAGCAUUUUUGGAGAUCGUGGGUGCACGAUUACCUCGUUAGUCUCCAACCAAGAGGGAAGAACUUCGUUCGCUUUCCAAACGUUUGUCCUGGAGCUGUCGUUCUGUUGGAAGACAAGACACUUCCGCCCCUGCGGUGGAAGUUGGGAAAAAUCGUCCAGGUUUAUCCCGGGGAAGAUAAUCUGGUCAGGGUAGUUGAUGUCAAAGUGGGAAACGCUGUGUACAGACGGCCGAUUACUAAAAUUUCUAUUCUUCCAAUAGAGGACAAUAAUGCCAUUGGGGGGCCUCAGGGUUCGAUCGACAACCGCCCGGGGGAUGAUGUUCGCAAUAGCGAAGAUUUGUAG